ACGGGCUCUGGAACUCCACUAAAAAGUCGUGUGAUGGUGUUGUGGUUGUCCAUGCCGCCGACACCUCUCGCUGUGAAUGUUACCUUGCACAGGAGACCACCAGGGAGAGCUCACCACGUAUGGAGUUGAGCUCGGAGCCUGUUGCUGUUGUUGUAGCACUGGAGAUGUCGCAAAUUGAAAGCAAAGACGAUGAGCCCUUUGACGGUGUCGGUGACUACGAGAGCCUGCCACCUCAUGUCUCUGUGACGACCCACAUGACAGCAGGAGCGGUGGCUGGCAUACUGGAGCACACGGUGAUGUACCCCGUGGACUCUGUCAAGACAAGGAUGCAGAGCCUGCAGCCGGACCCAAAUGCACAGUACAGGGGCGUGUAUGAGGCUCUGAAAAGGAUCAUCCACACAGAGGGGGUCUUCAGGCCACUCAGGGGACUCAACAUCACCAUGAUGGGAGCAGGACCGGCUCACGCUCUUUACUUUGCGUGCUAUGAACGGGUCAAACGCUCACUGAGUGACAUCAUUCAGAACGGAGGCAACAGUCAUUUAGCCAAUGGUGUGGCAGGUAGUGUGGCAACUGUUCUCCAUGAUGCCAUCAUGAACCCAGCUGAAGUGAUAAAGCAGAGGAUGCAGAUGUACAACUCUCCAUAUCGAGGACUUAUGGACUGCAUUCGAACUGUAACCCGCACUGAAGGUGUUGGAGCUUUCUAUCGCAGCUACAGCACGCAGCUGACCAUGAACAUCCCUUUCCAGGCUGUUCACUUCAUCACCUAUGAGCUGAUGCAGGAACAGCUUAACCCACACAGACAGUACCAUCCUGGCAGCCACAUUGUGUCAGGAGCCGCCGCGGGCGCCAUUUCGGCAGCAGUAACCACUCCCCUUGACGUUUGUAAAACUCUGCUCAACACACAGGAAAAUGUAGCGCUCAGCUCCGUGAACAUCAGCGGACACUUAUCAGGAAUGGUCAACGCCUUCAGGACUGUGUACCGCCUUGGCGGUCUUUCUGCCUUCUUUAAAGGGGUUCAAGCUCGGAUUAUUUACCAGAUGCCAUCCACUGCCAUCGCCUGGUCUGUGUACGAGUUCUUCAAGUACUUCAUGACAAAACAGCAACUGGAAUCAGAAGCAGGACCUAGACGGAUGUAAUGGAACGUGUGCUGGAGAAAACCACACCUAGAGUAGACCUGAAGAGGAAGUGACCAUGUCUAACAAGGAAGUUGUCAUGGUGGAGAUCAGCAGACAAUGGCACUCCUUAUUGUUCUCCUACUUAAGACUGUGUGUUAAGAUGAAUUUGCACACAGGGAAUGCAACAGAUACUACUAUUCCUAAAAUGACAGUUACACGUAGAAGGAUUAAAUGGUCAUAUUUUUCCUCCUUCUUCACUCCACAAACACAUCAACUCUCUGUCUUCUGUUUUUCGGCCCAAUUAAGUGGUCUUGAAUGAUGUGUAUAGUUCUUAAUAUUGGAACUUUUUUAUUUAUUUUCUUAGCUUUUGCGAGGCUUGCAUUUUAUGGAUGCGAAAGACCCACAGUGCUGUUUGUUUGUUUUAUUUCUUGAGUAUUUAUAAGAAAAAUCAUCACAACACAUUCCGUUCAUUCACUCCACGGCUACUGGAACAGUUGCUUUUUCCAAGUGCCUCGUAAAUAUUAAACACUGCUUUUUAUACUUCUUUUUUUGUUGCUUUAAGUAGAAAGUAUUAUGUUUUUUUCCUCUUACGAUGUCACGUCUAGUAUCAAGACGUGUUGGCGCUAGAGGCAUAAUUAUUUACCUUGUGAAACACAGCACUACCAUGCUUCUGAAUCACGCACAACAAUAUUCUUAUUUAAAGAAUCAUACCUGUCACAGAAGGUGGGCAGCUUGUUCAUGUAUUGAAAAAGAAGAAUAUCUAUUUUAUAAGACUUCAUGAUGCAGGUCCAAAUGUGGACUGUUUACUGUUACUUGAGAUAACGGCCAUGUCUUAGCUUUAGACUGGCCUGUCAUAUUGUGACCUGAAAGUCAAAGAUUGUAUAGAAGAUAUUUUCAGAGUAUAAUUGUAUGAGUACAGACUUUCUGUGAUCAAAUAUGUGGAAUCAUGCAUGUCUUUUUUUCCACAAGAUUAAAUCAUCUUGUAAGCAGGCUUUGCUUUUUCUUUUUUUUUUUUUUGUUCCAUAUUUCCUGUGUGAUCUGCUCUCUGCAGCCUCUUUCCUAUUUUCCAUUCAGUAAUCAAGACAUUCCUCCAGUUAUUGAUGUAAUCUAACAAGCAGCCACAUUUAUUUGCUUUUAAUUUUGGAGGUUUUUUUUUUUAAUUUCCUUUGGUAAAGUUAAGAGUUCAUCAGAUUCCAUCCCUCUCUCAAACCGUUUAGAAACAGAGUCAGUAAGCCUACACUGAAGAGUAGUUGUUAAUAUACCAAAGACAUGCAUCAUUACUACCAUCACUACCAUUUAACCUGCUUGUAUGAUGCUUGUUGCUUGCUAACCGCUUUAAGCUGUCAUUCCACAUUUUACCCCGAUGUGUGCGCUUUUUAAAUUCACUUAUCUGUUCUGCAUCUUGAAUAUGGUUCUGGAUGGUGUCUGCAAAGUCUCUGCUCCCUCACUGUUCUCCCAAAACGAACUUUAUUACUACAUGAGGUUUUGACAGCACAUCCUGACUUUAGUAUGACAGAGUAUCCCUCCAGUUCAUGUGUGAUUACAAGAAAAUAUCAAUAGCACUGUUGGAAAAACACUGACUUCUGGUAUGUUGAUAGUUUCGACUAACAUCACACAUUCUGCCAGCGCUGCAUUGUUUUCAUUUGUUAUUGAUCAUUUACCUGAAAACGGGGGAUUCCUUUGAAGCUAAUUGGUUAUGGUAUUGGAUCUUCUGGAUACUGCAUCUGUGGCAAUAUUGGAAGCCGAUAUGACUAGAAAUAACACUAGGUGCAUUUAAUUUCAAAUGAUGUAGCCAGAUUAAAAUGUACUGAUCAAUGUGUUCAGACUAUUUAAAUUAAUUGAAUCCCAAGAAUAGUUGAGGUGUUUUAAAAGUGUGUUUAUGGAAAAACGGCCUGAUUCCCAUAGACAAUUGUUUUUAAUAUCUAUCUGAAUCUAAUCAAAGUCAGGUUAGUCUGUUGCCUUCAUUGUGUUUGGAUCAUUAGCAAAAAUCCACCUCUAAGAUUCUGAAACCACAAAGAAAAGGUCAGAGUUUUUUUUUUAGAAUCAUAGCGUUAUGCUUUCAAUCACUCUGCUGUCCCAUCUCCAUUACUCUGACGAGGUGUUCAUCUAGCAUAGUGAAUUGAAAUUCCCAAACUGUGUCUGUAUCCAAGUGCUUCACCGUGUCAUAGUUGUGUUUCUAAUAGAUUCUGACAUUUUGAAGGAGACAGAAGAGCUUCUAUUAUUCUAUAUGUGGGGUUAUCCAUGAUGUAAAUAUUUGAAUGCUAUGUACGCACAAGUGAUUGAGGUGGAAGUUGGUAUGAUUGUUGGCAGAGUGCCAUCUCCACAACAGGAAUGCUUGGAAGUUUGACCAUGCAAAUAUGAAAUGAUUGUAAUAAUGCUGCUACAGUUUGUAACACUGGAGCCGAAAUAAACAUGCAAGUGAGGUA